UCCGCCCCAAGAUGGCGCCCGGCGCUGAGGGGAGUUCCGGUGCCGCCAUGGCCGCGACGCGGCUGGAGCUGAACUUGAUGCGGCUCCUGAGCCGGUGCGAGGCGCUGGCGGCGGAGCGGCGAGACCCCGAGGAGUGGCGGCUGGAGAAGUAUGUGGCUGCUCUGGAGGACAUGCUCCGGGAGCUGAAGAAGCAGUCCAGCAAGCCAGCCCCUGAACUGCUGAAUGAAUACUCUCGCAAAGUGGACUUCCUAAAGGGACUCCUAGAAGCUGAAAAAUUGUCUUCAUCGACAGAAAAGGCUCUGGCAAACCAGUUCCUGGCCCCGGGGCGCACCCCGACGACAGCCAAGGAGAGAACCCCGGCCACCAAAACCGUGCACCUGCAGACCAAGGCGCGCUGCACGGGCCAGAUGAGGAGCGAGCUGCUCGGCACGGACCCCCUGGCUACUGAUGAUUCUGAGGAGUUGAACAUAAGGAAGAGAAAAGGCCUCACAUCAGACGAGAAGCAGUCGGCAGUGGAGCUGGAUGCUGUGCUGCAGCAUCACCAGGACAUGCAGGAGAAGCUGGCUGAGGAAAUGCUCAGCUUGGCUCGCAGCCUCAAAAACAACACUCUGGCUGCCCAGAACGUGAUCAAACAGGACAACCAGACACUGUCACACUCCCUCAGGAUGGCAGAUCAGAACUUCGAGAAGCUCAAGGACGAAUCUGAUCGCCUGGAACAGCACGCCAAGAAAUCUGUCAACUGGCUGCUGUGGAUAAUGCUAAUUGUAGUUUGUUUUAUAUUCAUCAGCAUGAUUCUCUUCAUCAGGAUUUUCCCCAAACUGAAAUGAUC